CACGGAGUCAUGACCCAGCUGUUCCUGGCACUCUGGGCGUCCCUGGUGUCUGUGGAACUUGCCCGAGGCUUUGAGAUCAUGACUCCAGCCCCAAACCUGAGCUGCUUCCAGUGCUUCAAGGUCCAACAGCCCAACCAGUGUCGGCCCAUAAUAUGCCAGCCAAACGAAAAAGUCUGCCAGAGCAACGAGAUUCUCCUUUACUCAAAUUCAAUGAGCAAAGCACAGAUCAGCAAGCGCUGUGCUGUCCAAUGUUCCAACACCAACAGUCAGUUUGAGUGGACACUGAACAGAGGAAUUAAGGGCAGGAUCACCAGGCGAUGUUGUUCAAUUCCUCUCUGCAACAGAGCACCUGACACCCAGAAAAGGUUCGGGGCCCGGCCAGGAAGGAUCCUGCUGCCAAUGGGUCUGGGCCUCUUCUUCACCCUAUUGUGAGGACAUCCCCCACCCCUGUAGCACCUCAAGUGGCUAUCCCACCUCCAUCCACCUGAGGACUUGAAAGGUGAUGCUCAGUCCCUGAGGUGGAAGGGAGGGCACCAUAACCUUUGCUUAGGACCCAGCAGUCUGCUCCUAUUCAGCAUCUUGGCUCCUCAUGGAGAUAGACAAGGGAGUAUUUCCAAUGCAGGUCACAGGAUGGUUUGAGAAAGCUCUUGACCCUUGACACAAUGUGCAACUCUGUGAGUGGCAGAAUGAACCUGGUGAAGCCAGAGGUGCAGCCACACUUUGA